AUGAGCUGCAACGGCUGUCGCGUGUUACGAAAAGGCUGCAGCGAGAGCUGCGUGAUCCGCCACUGCCUCGCGGGGAUCGACGGCGCGGAGGCGCAGGGCCACGCGACGCUCUUCCUCGCCAAGUUCUACGGCCGCGCGGGCCUCAUGGGGUUCAUCUCGGGGGUGGACGAGAUCCAACGGCCCGCGCUCUUCCAGUCGCUGCUCUUCGAGGCGUGCGGCCGCACCAUCAAUCCCGUCUACGGCGCUUCGGGCCUGCUCUGGACGGGCCAGUGGCAUUUCUGCGAGGCCGCGGUCGACGCCGUGCUUCGCGGGGGGUCGAUAAAGCCGAUAUCUGACGUUUCCUCUCCGGCCGUCACUCUCACGACCGAUCCCCCUGCUCCUCAGGUCCCCACUCCCACUGUCCGGCCAAUCGUAGCCGCUUGUGCGCUCCCUACCCCCACUGUGAUGACGUCAGCGGGGCCUGUCAUGAUGGUCGGAAACUCCGCUGCACCUUCGUCGUUCCCGCCGUCCGUGUUUCCCACCGGCGCGCCGUUCUUUCCCGGCGGAAUGGGCGUCCUGAGGCCACGUGGCGGACUGCCCGCGACGGCCUCCACACUCCCCGCCUUACCAGGCGCUGCAGGCGGCGUUAGUGGGCCGCUCGUAGGCGGUCUCGCGGGGAGCUACCUCCCGCAGCAACUGAUUCAGCAGCAACAGCAGCAAUACGCGCAGCUUCAGCAGCAACAGCAGCAGCAGCAGCAGCAGCAGCAGAUGGCGCAUUUACAGAACAUGUAUGCCGCACCUGGCAUCUACCAACCCAGCGCCGCCGGCUCCGUGCCGGCCGCUGGCGCUACCGUUAUGUCUGCCGGCCAACCGAUGGUCGCGCCCGGUCAGAUGAUUUCCUAUUGGCCGGCUGCCAAUGGGUCUACUGCCCCCGCGUCCACCUUUCCCAGCGCGGCGCCAGGCGGAGUGAUGAUGAUAGCAACCCCACCACCGCCAGCUCAGAUUCCCGGGUUUUCCGUGACUGGCUUUCAGCCAAUGACGUUCGGACACGUGGCGGUCCCGCAAAGCCAGCAAGUGCAGAGUACUUCGGGACAGGUAGCAACUGGUGGUGCUCCAUCCGCUGCUGCUUACUUACCCCCAUCACAUCAUCAGCAGCAACUGAGUGCUGCACCGCAGCAGCUUCAAGCGCAACAGCAGCAGCAGCAGCAGCAGCAAACAGAGAGCGAAAAGCAGCGGCGUUUAAGGCCAUGCACGCCGCCUGCUGUUCCAGCAGCAAUGGAGACCCACAAAACCCCAGCCGCACCGGCAGCAGCAGCGGGCGGCGCGCGGGCAGCACCAGAACGCACGGAGAGCCCUGCCAGCUGUCUGUCCCCCAUGGUUAGUGGCGUCAGUGGGACCAAACCGAGUGGGCUGAGCGGGUCCAAGAGCAGCAGAGGCCCCGAGGAGAGCAGCGCACUGCUGCUGGCGCCAGUGGCGAGACGACCAAAACUCAUGCAUGCCCCAACCUCAGGCUCGCCGCAAUUCGUCUCGCCGAACCUGCAGCUCCGGCCAGAUCUGGGAGGCAGCAGCACCGCAGGAGUGAGAGCAGGGUCAGAAUCACUAGACUCGCAUGUAACAGUAGAGGUGCCAGAUUCCUACCCACCAGCCUUGUUUCCCACACCAGGUGUUGCAGCGAACUCGUGGCGGCCCCUUUGCAGAUCUGGAUUAGAGGAGGAGAUGCGUCAGCAGCAGGGCAACACUUAUCUGACUGAGCACGAAAGCGUGCAUGGCAAGCAGAGCUCUCCUGGUGAGCUGCUCCAGCUACUAUCGUAA